AUGUCUGUUUCAAACGCAUUUGAAGUUAGCAAGAUAGUCCCAGAUGUCAUCCCGAUUGCCCCCAAGGAAUUGAUUGAGCUGAAAUAUAACAGCGGUGUCUCCGCUAACUUGGGCAAUGAACUUGCUCCGACAAAAGUAAAGGACCAGCCUUCUGUCUCCUACAAAGCUGAUCCUAAUGCGUUCUACACUUUAGUAUUCACUGAUCCGGAUAAUUACGAUGGUCCUGAGUUAGUCUACCGUGAGUGGCAUCAUUGGCUGGUAGUCAACAUUCCCGGAAGUGACGUCGCCAAGGGUGAGGUGCUGUCAGGCUACAUCGGUUCCGGUCCCCCGGAAGGCACCGGCAUCCACAGAUACGUGUACAUCCUGUACAAACAGCCUGGAAAACUCGAGUUCGACGAAAAGAGGCUUGACAACAAAUCGAUUGACGGACGCGCCGCCUUCUCCACGAAGAAGUUCGCUGAAAAAUACAACCUCGGUGCACCAGUCGCUGGCAACUUCUACAGGGCACAGUUUGACGACUAUGUGCCACUUCUAUACAAGAGUUUGGGAGUUUAA